AUGCAGGCCUCCCUACCAUCAGAAUGGAAACUGUCCAACAUCAUCCCUCUUCAUAAUAAAGGAAUCAAGAAUUUUGUUGAGAAGUACAGACCAAUUUCUCUCAUGUGCGUUAUUGUGAAAGUUUUAGAACGUUGUGUUUACAACCGUCUGAUUGGUCAUAUAGAGAACAUGAUAUCCGUUGCACAGCAUGGUUUUCUGAAAGGAAAGUCUUCCACAGGUCAGCUCAUUUCCGUUCUUCACCGCAUCAGUCAAAACCUGGAUUCAGGGAAAAAAACAGAUAUCUUGUAUUUCGAUGUUGCUAAAGCGUUUGGCGCGGUGAAUCAUAACCUUCUUUUAAAGAAACUCCAACGAUUUGGACUUACGGACAAUAUUUUAACGUGGUUUAAAAGUUAUUUAUCCGGACGACAACAGCGUGUACUAGUCAAUGGUGAGAUUUCAGAGACACGUUCAGUUUCCUCCGGCGUUCCGCAAGGAUCAAUACUCGGACCACUCCUGUUUCUCAUGUACAUAAAUGACCUUUCCAAAUCAAUAACCUCACCUGCUGUUGACGUUUCCCUGUUUGCCGACGACACAAAAUGCAUCUCAGUUGUUGAAUCACCAGUUGACGCCUGUGUCCUUCAAGCUGAAGCGAGAAACGUGGAGAAAUGGUCUGAGUUUUGGAGGCUCAAAUUCAACGCCGAAAAAUGCAAAGUUCUGAGCAUUACGAGAAAACGUCAUCCUCUUGUUGCUGAAUACAUUGUCAACGGUAAAACUUUGCAGCAUGUUUCCUCUCAGAAAGACCUCGGUGUGAGAGUUUGUUCAGAUCACAGAUGUAGCACUCAUAUUUACGGGCAAGUUACGAAAGCCAACCGCCUGCUUG